AUGCCCACCCCAAGUGCCAAUAAUCCGUCGACGUUGAGCGCGAUGCACCGCCAACAGAUGAAGCAGUUUACCACCAACAAACAGGCUCUUGAACAAGUUCCAACUCUUGUCAUUGAACCGCUCAACGAUACGUUUGAUGCGAAAAAGUUGGACUUGUUUGAACCUAUAAAGAUUGGUAGAAAACUCGGGCCAAAGGCACCCGCUGAGGCCGGCAAUGGAAUAUUCGACUCAAAAGUACUAUCACGAACACAUGCUGAAGUCUGGUUUGAUCGUGGCAAGGUGUAUAUAAAAGACGCCAAGAGUUCAAACGGAACGUUCGUGAAUGGGGUGCGGUUGAGUGAGGAAGGACAAGAAUCUAGUCCGCAUGAGCUCAAGACGGGCGAUAUUUUGGAAUUUGGUAUUGAUAUCAUGACAGACGAUGGUCAAUCUGUUCUGUACCAGAAGGUUUCAGGAAAGAUUGUUGUAUUAGUGGAUGGCAUCAACCCUGCAGCUUCAACUGCCGUCGUUCAACCUGUCGAGGGAGAUCCUUCCAAGAUGACACUCAACAGGAAGAAACUGGAUACCAUGAACAAAAAAGUCGAGGCCGAGAUUGCUGCUGCUGUGCAAACGAACGCACAGCUAGAAGCAUUGAAAUCAACAUUGACCAAUCUGGAAACCCACGCACUACCCGCAAUUCCAACAUCAACACCAGCCAACAACGACAAUAGCAACACUGAAGCAUUAAAAGCAGCACAUACCGCCGAAAUCAAUUCAUGGACUGAGAAACAUACAUCGGCUCUGAGAGAAAUCGAAUCAUAUAAAGCAAUGGUUGAGCGAUCGACUCAGCAGGUUGACAUGAUAAAGAGUGAAUUGGUGGAUUCCAGAUCAAGAGUUGAUGCGUUUGUAAAGGAUGUGGAAGAGUGGAAGGAUAAAUGCAAGAGGUUGAAUGAAGAAAUGGACAUUGUCAGAAAGGAACGAGACAUUGAAAAGAAGAGAUCGGAAGAAGGAGCAUCAGACAUACAACGCCUUACAUCUCAAAACGCAGCUAUAAAUCAAGAUCUAGUCCAGCUGACACAAGAACGAGAUGAAUUACGUGCUCUGUCAACCAAAUCAAAACAAUCUAUGGAUGAAUCAAGUCUCGAGAUCUCUUCAUUGAAUGCCAGAAUCAAGAGUUUGGAAGUUGAGGUGGCACACAGCAGGAAACUUUUGGAAGAAGCACGUAGUGCCGCUGCUGCUGCCGCCGCCGCCGCUGUGUCUGAAAAGAGUAGGACUGUCAGUAAAUCAGGAAGUGGUGGUCGAGGUGUUGCUCCGAUAUCGUCUACCAGGCCGGCCUUUUCGAUAUUCUCGAUUUCGUCAUGGUUUUAUCUGGGACUGACCGUGAGCAGCGCUUUCCUGAGAAUGUUGGGCCUGACGGCUAAGGAAACUGAUAAGGAGGCAUGA